AUGUCGAUCUACGGUGCUAAGAUACAGGUUGACAGCUACCCGAGAGGAUGCCUCUGUAAGGUGAAGUCCUGUGUGCUUUUCUGCUGUGAACCACAAAAUAUGAUCCGGAACUUAGCCGUGAAUAUAACUCUUACUAACGGAACAGAGGUGCAGGUAGAUGUGGGAAAAGAAUUCGUAGUGCAAGCAAAAUUAAAUAUAUCAUGCGACCUACUGGCGAUAAAUGGCACUGAUGAGCAAGUUCAAGGUUCAUGGAAACUUUUUCAGAAUGAAACACUAAAGGUUGAAGACAGCAUGCGAAUGAAGAAAGACUACUGCCUGAUUCCAAAAAAAGAUUCCAAUGAAGUUUACGGAAUUGAGCCGCACCUUUAUACAAUUAAAGAAACUACUAUAAUUAAAAUACAAAAUACUUCUCAUCUUAAAGAUAAUAUUCGAGCUGUCUCAGUCUUUUGUAUGGUUAUUACCAUUGUUGUGUAUCUGUACUUACCCCAGUUUCAAUCAAAAUAUAACAAGUGCUGUCUAUGGUACUUCAUCUGUCUGACGAUAAGCUUCCUGCUGCUGUGGUUAGAAUCAGUAUCUGCAUAUCCAGAGCCUAAGAUAGAAGUUUGUUAUAUGAUAGGUUACAGUGGGUAUUACACUAUUAUGGCCGCCUUCCUGUGGCUUUUAGUUAUUAACUAUAAUUUGUGGAAAACAUUAAAAAAUUAUGGUAUUGUGUACAAGACCAGUAUGCUAAGAUAUCAUAUCUUUGUCUGGAGUGCUGCAGCGGUAUUGCUUGCGAUCACAGGAUCAGCGGAAUUUAUAUUCAAUGUCAUGUUUGAAAAUCAAUAUGAUAAAUGGCAACCUGGUGUAGGUUUUGGUACGUGCUGGAUCAAUACAUACGAAAAUUGGUCUGCAAUGAUUUACUAUUAUGGGCCAAUAUUGGUUGUAUUGCUUAUCAACCUAACGCUCUCUAUUAGGUCAGCAAGGCACAUAUAUGUGGAGAGCAAGAGCAACGAAAGAACCUUGAACAGUUUCGAGACUCAAGAGAAUUUAGAAAGUCAAGCCAAGAGUGUUCUGGCUGCUUGA